CCAGCGGAGCUCCGAGCAGGGCGACAAGCCGCGGCUUCGUGACACUUCCACGCGUGUCCCAGCAAAGAAAAAAAAGAAACGCUUUAAAAACACCCGUGGCCAUGGUACCGCAGCGCCAGGAUUCAGACGCGCUGCUGUGCGUGUUCGCCGGGCUGGGAGCCCUCGCGUUUGCGUUGUGCGCCGUGAGGUACUCCUGGGCAGUUUUGCGUGGAGUGCGGGUUUAUGUUCUCUCAGAAAUCUGGAAAGUGGACGUUUCAACUUUCGGGAAAUGGGCAGUUGUGACGGGCGCCACGUCUGGCAUUGGAAAGGCGUACGCUCACGAGCUCGCCAGGAGGGGUCUGGAUGUCGUGCUGAUCAGCAGAUCACUGGAGAGACUGAAGCAGGUGGCCUCUGAGAUAGAGCUCCAGCACAGCCGCAGUACCAGAGUGAUUCAAGCCGACUUCACAGACGGGCUCGGAAUCUACCAGCACAUUGAGGAGGGGCUGGCGGGGCUGGAGAUUGGCAUCCUGGUGAAUAAUGUGGGAAUGAAUUACGCUGACACGCUGGUCUUCUUACUGGACGUCCCGAACCCAGGGCAGAGAAUCUCUGAUGUUCUCAACUGCAAUGUGGUCUCGAUGACCCAGAUGACAAGGAUUGUAUUGCCACAAAUGAUCCAAAGGAAGAAAGGCUUGAUUAUAAACAUCUCCUCUGAAGCUGGAUCCCAUCCACAUCCAAUGCUGACCCUGUACUCUGCAACCAAGGUCUUCGUUAAUUACUUCUCUCGCUGCCUGAAUUCUGAGUACAGAGGCGAGGGAAUCACCGUGCAGUGUGUGGCCCCUUUACUGGUCUCAACCAACAUGACGUCAAACAUGGGAACGAACGCGCUGGUGAAGAGAGCAGACGACUUCGCCAGAGAGGCUCUGAACACUGUGGGGCUCAGCAGCUUCACCUCUGGCUGUCUGUCACACGCACUGCAGCACGCUGUCAUUGAUCACCUCAUCCCUGGGUGGCUGCGUCUGUCCGCUGUUAAUAUUAGUCAGACAGCAACAAGAAAGAAGAUUGAAGCCAUGUUCACCGCUGGACCAGGAAAUCACAAGCCAUGAUCCACAGAACCUGUAGAAACAGCAGGAUCCUAGGAUAAAGGGAGAGGGGAGUGGGGGUACAUUUUACUGACAGACUGGAUUAGUUUAUCUUGAAACUUUUGUAUGGUUAAAAAAAUAAAUAAAUAAAAAAUAAAUGCCGCAGUUUUAGCUGGAAAUGAAGUUAUUAAAAAGAAAACAAACCAAAAAAAA